AGCUCCGGAUCAUUCUCCUGUCUGUCGCGCACCCUCCACUCUCUCUCUCAGAUCACCCAUUCACACAUCUCUGACCAGCUAUCACAUCCCCGCAAUGUCUGCCGCCAGCACCGAGACUAGUGCCCCGCUGCCCACCGCCGGCAGCCGGGUCUUCUUCCAGUCUGCGCCCGGUGUAGGCUGCGUGGGCUCCGGCCCCAUCUCCAGCGACGACCCGGUCCAGAAGAAGCAGGGCAAGGUGACGGUCAAGUACGACAGGAAAGAACUGCGGAAAAGACUGGUGCUGGAGGAGUGGAUCAUCGAGCAGCUCAGCGAAUUGUACGACUGCGAGGAGGAGGAGAUGCCCGAGGUGGAGAUCGACAUCGACGACCUGUUGGAAGUCAAUAGCGACGACGAGCGAGCCAGCAAACUGCAGGAAUCAUUAAUAGACUGCUACAAACCCACAGAGGACUUUGUUCGUGAGUUGCUGGGCAGGAUAAGGGGAAUGAGGAAACUCAGUGCACCGAGCAAGAAGGGCCUAUAAUGGCCGGAGGUGCCACCACUGAAAACUCCGAACAUGAACAUGAAUCAAAACACAACCCCGCGAACAUUCACCACAAACUCUCAAGCAUCUAGCACUACGUCAUCCAUUUUAAUUGCACAUAGAAUAACAAGGUGUGUCACAUGAAAAAGUCUGACUGUUUUAAGGUACGUAAUGAUAUUUAAAAAAACAAAAAAAAAAUGCCGCUGCUGUUAUGUCUCCUGCUGGAAACCUCCAGCCCUGACUUCAGAGCCAUGUAAGAGCUGGUGUGGCGUUCCCGACAGCCAUACAAAAACUGACAGAAAGGGGGGUGGUCAAAUACGUUUGUACUGCGGUGGGUGUGAAAGUAGCUGUAGCACUACGUAAAUACAGUGCUUAUGGUUUUUCUACUGAGGUGUUUUACUGUAACUUCUUUCAAUAAAAAUGUACUCCAUGUUGCCAUUUUAUUGUUCAUGUGAAAGAGGUCGUGGUCUUCGACAGUUUUUUGUCUCACUUUCAAGUCAUUAUCCUUAUAUUCUGCCUGCGUAUUUAAAGGGGCUUUGUACUUUUUAGUAUAAUUUAUAAGCUCAGCCAUGUUUUUACGUGUUGCCGCCACAGCGAAGCAUGAUGGGUGUUGUAGUUCAACUACAAAGACCUGUAUGAUUGACAAACCUUCAAUUACCAUUGCUUUUCCUGCUACUUCUGCUGUAGACAUAUCAGCUGGUUGCUUAGGUUGAAGCACAAACACACAUCUCACACACCCGGUUCACCGAACACACCUCUUGAGAUGUUGCCUUCAGGGACAUAGAGGAUUAACUCAUCUAUUUCUCAACACUGGACCUUAACUACUGACAACCUGAGGCACAAAAGGGUGAGUCAGAACCUGAGUACAACUGAAAGUUCUUAAAGGGAAAGUGUUGAGCAUGAUGAGUGGUGGAACCAUUGAAUCUGUGUUUAACACCAGAGAGGAAGUUUCGGGUUGGCUAAUCCAGUAUGGCAUUACACCAGGAGAUUUUGGUUGUUUCUUGUAACGCACCGACAUGUUAAAACCUGUGGUACAAUCAUGACUGUGUAACAGGGUUGGGUUCCGUUUCAUUUCAGUUAUUCACAAACUAACCGGAAUGAAGCUAAACGCAGCUCGCCACGUGAUCGACGAACCCUCAGCUGCCAAAGACAAAAAAAGCAGGGCAAUGUUUGAUUUCUCACACUCGCAAAGCCCUCGUCUUGCAUGCUUACAAACAUUAACAAAGCCUAGAUAAUUAAUAUAAUUAAGCAAAAAAUAAUCUUUUUAACUUAUAGCUACCAUAUAUGACUUUGUAGAACUUAUGUUUUUUAAUGGACGUGACUGUCACGUCGAAGGAAAAUCCAGGAUUUUUUAAAAUGGUGCUGUUUUUGAUGUUCUUCCCAGGUUCUGGUCGUGUAAACAGUGAUCACUGUGGAAUGAGGGUUGUGUUUGCGAGAAUGUCUUUGUCGAUAGGAUGCAGAUGGUCUCAUGAAACGGCAUCUUCUUUGUGAUCCUUUUCUGAAAAUCUAUUCACUACUGGGUUGAAAAGGAUCAGUUUGGGAUCCAUGACCUGGAAGGAAAAGAGAAAAGCCGCUAUAGGCAAAGGAGAUGCGUCCUGGAAUCACGUCGACCUAGGAGUUCCCUCAGUAUAGAAUCACUUAAGGGGCAAUAGGAUUUUAUAAUUUAUGGGAUCCACGCUAGAAAGCUUUACGUUUGCAUGUGUUUUAAGUACGUAGCAUGAGCAGGGAAACAUUUGGUUUUGCCGUAAAUUUUUUAUUUUCACAAAAUAAAAAUACACUUUCCUUUUUUUAUACCUUUAUUAAGACUGAGUUUUGCUGCAGUUUUAAUUUUUCUGUACAUCCACAAUAAGCGUUCUUGUUUUAAAAAUGUGAUGUGAUGUGUGACUUGUUUUUGCUGAUAAUAAAAAUGCAGAAUGGGUCUGUAC